AUGGCUAAACCCCCAAAACCAAAUAUCACCAAAGAAGAGAAAUCGGCCAUAUUUAAGCUGAAAAGGGAACCCAGUAUCAUGAUCCUACCAGCAGACAAGGGAAAGGCUACAGUUGUGGUGGACAAGGACGACUACGAAAAACAAGUCAAUACUAUGUUGAGUGAUGUAAAGACCUAUGGAAAAUUAAAGAAAGACCCUACAACGAAAUAUAAAAGCAAACUAGUGGCGAUUCUCCAACGUCUGAAAAGAGAAGACAAAAUUACUGAAGCUCAGUACAAGUUCUUAUAUCCCACGGCUGAAAAUGUGCCAAGAAUCUACUGUACACCAAAAAUACAUAAAGAAGGCAAUCCGUAUAGACCUAUAGUCGAUUACACAGGAUCCAUAGCAUACAAUUUGUCCAAAAGCUUAGCCGAUCUACUGGCCCCUUUGGUAGGCACCACCGAACAUCACAUCAAGAACUCAACAGAGUUAGCAGAGGAACUAAAAACUAUACGUAUGAAACCAGACGAGAUAUCAUUUUCCCAUGACGUUGUCUCACUCUUUACCAACACUCCGAUCCCAGAAUCGAUUAACAUAAUCAAGUCGAGACUGGAGGCAGACAAAACGUUGAAGAAGCGAACCAACCUCACCACAGACGAUAUCAUCGAAUUACUCACGUUUGUCCUUAUGACCACAUAUUUCAAAUUCAGAGACCAAAUUUACAACCAGAAGUUUGGAGCAGCCAUGGGUAGCCCGGUCUCACCUAUCGUUGCCAAUCUUUACAUGGAAUGGCUUGAAACGGAAGCCAUUGCGACAGCACCGGCUGAUCUCAAACCAAAAUUGUGGCUACGCUAUGUAGAUGACACUUUGGAAAUCAUCAAGUCUGGUACAGUCCAACAAUGGACAGAACACCUCAACAGCAUCGACAGUACCAACAACAUAAAAUUUACGUACGAGGAAGAACUCGAUCAAAAAAUUCCUUUCCUCGACACACUCAUCCAUAAACGAGAAGAUGGCUCAUUAAAACUGACGGUGUAUAGAAAAAAGUCCCACACGGACCAGUACUUAAACUUUAACUCACACCACACAGUCAACCCAAAAACUGUCAGUGGUACGGACGCUACUAGAUCGUAG